UUUUUUUUUCUUUCUCUCUUUUUUCCUUUUCAUUUGUUUUUUUCUUCUUUUUAUUAUUAUUAAUAUUAUUAUUAUUAUUGAAAAAGAAAACAACUGAAAAGAUCAUUCUUUAUACCAUGAAAUCAGACCAAAAAAAAUCCAGGAGGAGACCAGAUCUAAAUAGUCAAUUGGAUGCUACUGGGCAAGCAACUCAUAGCAAUACUGCAGCAUUGAUCAAUCAAUUAAUGGAACAAACUUAUCCUCCUACACGUUGUCCAUGUUGCCAUCAUCAAGGAAAUACACGUACAGAAACUGAAGCUCAUUAUCGACAACAUCAUAAAGGAGAAUCAGGUUAUGUUUGUAUGGACAAGACUUGUGUACAACGUUAUUCAAGUAGACCUGGACUUCAAUAUCAUUUACGUGCUUCUCAUAGUUUUUCAAAAAGCAAGGAUAAGUAAGUAAUAAUAAUAAUAAAU